GGGCGGACACGGAUGAGCGUGAUAGUUUAGCGGAUACCCGGCGACACGCUCCGAUGGGCAGGUCGCAUUCUUCGGUGGCGAUGACGCAGUGCGUCUUCCUCGUUGUCGUAUCGCUGAUUUUGUCACACGUGCGGGCAGCUGGCGAUGCGAUGUCUUCCGCGAACGAAUCAAUAUCGUUGCCCACGGCUUGCGUCAUUCGGGCAACGCUCUAUAUGACAUCUGCGACGGAAAGGAGUCAGAACGAUUUUGGGCUGCCUUUGGCCAUAGAUUGCAGUGAAAACAGCACCAUGGAGAUGAACUACUUCGAUUUGGGCGCCCAAAGAGUGGCCGGAAAACGGCAUGUAUCGCUGGAUGGCUCUCAGACACCGCCACUGGGAAUCUCGAGCUAUGGCUUGGAGUACCUGGACAAUUGUGUGGACCUGGAAAGUCUCGAGAUCCAACGCUUUGUGGGAUGUGCCACACUGAAACUGAGCUGUGGAGGAGCUCUGAUCCCCAACCUUACUGCAGUAUCUUUUAGAUACAACGAAUUGGGCACAUUCAGUGGAAAUACUUUCCAGAACUUGCCGCAUCUGAAGCUAAUCCACUUGCAGCAUAACUCCCUCAGGUACAUGGAAAUCUUUGAAAGCGGUGCCGACUUGGAAGAACUUAUAAUACAGGACGAACCGGACUUGGUCCUGUACGAAGUUAAAAUUCUAGAGCAGCUGCCAUUGCUUAAAAGGCUUAGUUUGUUAAAUAUAAAAAGGAUUAAGGAUGGAUUCCUAAGGACCUUGCCAGAAAAUUUAACGGAUCUGGUAAUCGAGGAUACGCCCAUUGAGCCAGGAGCUUUGCACUUGACUGAAGGCAUAGCGAAACUGGUUAACGUAACCAUCACGAAUUGCCAGCUGAAGGAAUUUGCUUUGCAACCAGCACACAAUUUGGAUGUUAUCUAUCUAAACCUAAGUGGCAAUGCCAUAUCCUCGUUUAACAUAAGUUUUGAGAAUGGAACAAGCACCUUGCAGACCUUGGAUUUAAGCCGAAAUAAGUUGCAGCACCUGAACUUCACCUGGUUCUAUAGAACCACCAGUCUUCGCAGUCUUCUCCUGCGGGAAAACCUCUUUCAUUCAUUGUCCCUCUUCCACUUGGGCUCGAUUUCCCCAGCAACCAUUCACCAUAUAGACCUGAGAUCCAAUGAAUUGAUGAGCUUCCGGGAUACUGAAAAUGCUGAUCUACCGUACUGGAAUCCGCAGCUUCGCAUUUCCAUCGAUGGCAAUCCUUGGAGCUGCCAGUGGAUGCUGAAUUUCUCGCACAUGCAACCUCAACUCUUCCGACUAUUCCAGUACUCCAAGUAUAUAUCCCACAUCAAUAUAAAUGGCCUGAGCUGUAUACCCCAGGAACCGCCGUCGGAUGAACCGCCCAAGGUGCGAAGAAUCAUGCACGUAAGGAUCAAUGGUACAGACUCUUCGGUUCCCGUGCCACAUCCACACGGAAAUGUUUCCAGUUUCACCGUCCUCUACGGCAACCCCGUAGAACUGCACCGAAGUCAGCGUUCCUUAGCGUUGAUAAUCGUGUUUAUGUUGCCGCUGGGUAUCGCAUUCCUCUUCCUGUUGCUGUAUCUAUACCUCCAUUGCGAGAGUCUCUUCCACUUGUCCUACUACUCGUCGGGAUUGCCCUGUUUUGGUGGCGGAAAAUCAUCCAGUGGGCCGCGGUUUGUGGAUCACGUGGACAUAGUGCGCUAUCCCAUUGCUAAUGGCGGUUCAUGUACCCCGGUGGAUUUGGAAACCGAAUUGCCAGAUGGAUACGAGACGCCAGUGAGUGGAGGUACCUCGAUUUGCAAUUGCACUGGUCACAGGGAAUCCACCUGCUCGCGCACCCAUCAUGUCACCUACGAGUCCCUACCAGCUGAGCUGCCCUACCAACUUUAUGCAGAGAUCAAGGAGCAGGCGGAUGAGAACGGGGAUGCGGGAGAUGUGCCGACGUCGACUUGCUGCCCUACGGCUCCCAUCUACGAUCAUCUGUCGUUUGUGGAGGAGGUGCCAAAACCGGAUGAACUGAGAGAUGCUUCCUAGUUGUCUUGAAAUACGGAAAUGGAGAAGACAUUGGCAUUCGUGGUUCAACAA